CUUUGCGCAUGCCCCCCGUACCGAAGACUACUGGACGAGUUUCUGGCCCCGCCCCACUCCGGCGCGUGCGCAAAGGGGGGAAAAUUUGAACUGGAGGGCGGUUAGGAAGAAGGGCGUGUUGAGGGGAUUGUGGUGAGAGGGAAGGCGAAGGGGUUCAGCAGUUGGGGCCCAGCAAGAUGAUGCCCCGUUUUCCUGAAUGGCCCAACCUCUACUGCACCUUCCUCUGAUCCUUUUUUUUGCCUACCAUCACCUUUGGGACUCUGAACAACUAACUCUGCUGCAAAUCUCUGGUAGUUCCCCACUCAGUUUUGGCAUACAGCCUGGAUACUGUUGAAGAGAAAGUCAAUACUGACAAAUGACAAUAACUGGCCGUGUCUUGCACUUCUUUCCUUGGACUUGGAAAGGAUGAAGAAAGGCGUAAGUGCUAAGAAGUCAAAGCAAGCCUUGCCAGUUAGUUCUAGUAAACAAACUGAUCUUUCAGUUUGGACAACAAGUGUCAAAAAGAACACUGGCCACAAAAGUGCAAAAAAAUAUGGAGAGCAGCAGAGGUCUACAUGUGAAGAGACAGACCAUUACCAAGAUCCUCUUGAAGAAGCUCUGAACUAUUUGGAAAAAACAAAAGAUCGGACACCCCUCAAGAAUGAAGUUCUGCAGAAACAUUUGACUACUGUGGAAAAAAAUGCCCAAGAAAGAGGCUUAGCACCAGGAGAAAUUGAUAUCUUACUAAAUAUAGCACUCAGUGGCAAAUUUGCUGAAGCGAUAAACAGUAGACUGCUGAAGAACUUGAUUCCCAUGUCAGCAAUAAUGGAGGAUUCUGUUGUUUCAGCUGUGUCUUGGCUCUGUGUUGGCAAAUGUUCUCGCAGUACUCAGAUAACCUUUUUAAAAUGGUUGAUUGCCAUGUUUGACUUCAUUGAUCAGAAGGAAAAAGUGAAUGCUCUCUAUGGCUGCUUCUUCAGUUUCUUGCAAGAUGAAAAACUGCUUCCCUUUGCCUGCCACGUGCUUUAUUUGCUGACCAGAAGAGAGAAUGUGAAACCUUUUCGUGUGAGGAAACUCCUAGAUCUGCAGACUAGAAUGGGACCAGACCCAUCUCUGCAAGCUCUGUUGUCAAUAUACAAGAGCUUUGCUCCUGAAAUGGUGUCUGUAACUCUGCCCGCAAAAAUAAAGAUACGGUUCAGGAAUUCUGAGAAUCUGUGGAAGGCAGCAAUCAGCAGAAUAAAAAGGCGAGUUCAUGGGAUACUGCCUGCCUCUAAACCAGACCCCACGGGCACUGGCUGUCUUCAGUCCCAGAAGAGGAAAUGGAAUACAAAAUUGACCGUGCCUGCAUGUAAAACCAAUUCUGGUUUCUUAGCUGAAAAGCAAAAGUCAGACUACGCAGAUCUGUUAAAUAGCACUGGAUUCUUUCCAGUGGACCAGCUGCAAACCUUUCCUCAGCUUCUGCAGAACAUCCAUCGUUUAGAGUUUCCUUCUCGGAUAGGCUCGGUGCUAGGAAAUCCUCUCUUGCUCCACCAUAUUAAUUGUGUCAAAGAUGACUCCAUGUACCAGAGGAUGUAUUACUGGAUGGGCCAAACAUUCAGAGAAGAAUGCCCUUGGUAUAAGAUAGAGAACCAGCAAUAUGAAUUGGAGUUCAAGGACUUCUUGGAGAAAGUCUUGGAAGCGGAGUGUUUCUUGCAGGAGGGCUUCUCCUCUUGUGAAGAAUUCCUGUACAGGACCCUCCCUUUCUGGGAUGGUUGCUGCUGUCGGUCACAGGUCCUUCGGCUGGUGAGCUGGAUCCCUCUCAGCACUUUCUCAGAAAUGAAGCAGUCUUAUCUCUGUAGGCCAUUGACACAGCUUUUUAUCACAUCAUCCCUUUAUUUUAAGUGCAGUGUUCUUGAAAGCCUGAGGGAGCUGUUGCUGAAUUGGCUGAACUGGCACAUCAUGCAAGCAGACAUGGCAACAGAAUUGAAUGCAGAUUUCUUGAACACCACCCUCUCUGGCUUAGUGAGCUCUGUGGCAGAGCUCAUCCACUUCGUAGGAUGGCUGUCAACUAUUGCCCUGCGCUUGGAGAACAACUCAGCUUUCCUAAUGCACUUCAUCUUGGAUUUCUAUGAUAUAGUAUGUGAUGUUUAUCAGAAAUAUAACCUCCCUUUGCUCAUGAUGCCUCCUGCUGGAAUCUUCUAUCCAGCUCUGCUCAGCAUGGAUUCUGUCACAAUUAACCAUCUUUGUCACAUCAUGUACAGGUAUCGAACCAACUUGGUAGCUGCAAAACAAAAUCAACAGGCUAAGCAGACAAUGCUGCAAUUCAAGUUCAGCAGUCGGAGCUGCCAGGAAUAUAACCAGUAUAUAACAGCCAUGGUUGGGUGCCUGUGGACCUCAAAUGUGUUCCAAAGAGACUUUCACCCCCAGGGGAUUCACAUGGAACCAGAAGUGCUGGAGAAGAUGAAAGUGCAGGAAUACAGGAAGGGCUUGAACAUAGUUUACCACCCUGCACUCACAGGUUACGCUAUGCUCUUCUUGCAGCAGGUUCAACCAGAAGACAAAACUCCAAACUUCAAAUUAAUUCAGGGGAGGAAGUGGGAAUGGUACCUGAAGUACCUCUAUUCCCAAGACCUACAAGGCCUGAAACUCUUCAUUGAAAGCAGCAUCAACCGUGUGUCUCAGACUUCUCAAACAAAACCAGACAAGUGAUCAAGAGCAAUAGACUGAUUCUUGCAGACUCUUGUGGCUACCCAAACCAUAACACUGGAUGCUGAUAGACUCAAGAUGGGGGCCUUUUUUGUGGCUUUGUUAUCAGCAUCCUAAUGGACAGCAGAAGGCUAAAGAACAGCAGUGGAGCUGAUGUCUUUAUUCAGCAAGACAGCAAGCCUGCAAGCCCUUGCUGAUCUAGUCUUUGCAACACUCAAGCGUUAUCUUUUGGAGAAUGGCUUUGAUGGCUAUAGAAUAAGAUGUGCUCUUUGGACUGUGGUGGUUCCCAUCCAAUGUCUGUGGCCUUCCUCUUUGCUGGAAAAUGAGGGAAACUGUUUCAGUUUAUUAUUGGAAGCACUGAAGAGUCUGGAGAUGUUGGUGGGGAUUUUUAGCAUCUGUAGAAACAGUGUUAGCACAUCUGGUGAUGUUCCACAGUAGCUGAGGUUGAACUUCAUGCUUUAUUGCAACGAAAGAGAUCCUGUUCUGUAAUAGCUGCAAUAGCUAGUUAAAGGCAGGUUUUUCUUGUGUUCUGUACAUACCUGUAUAGUAGAUAUUUAUACAACAAAACAUGCCCUUUAAUUUAUGCACGUUUGCUUUUCAUCAGAUUAGGACAGAAAUUGGAUUAUGAGCAGUGUCUUUUCCACUUGCUAGAUUGUGAGCAGUGUCUUUUCCAUCCUUGCUGAGGAUCCAAAGUAGAUCUGCAGAACCUCAUUGUUGCUCUUGACUCCUUACUUUUCAAACAAGAAAGUCUUGUAUGGACAAUUGCAUACUGUUGGAUAUCAUUGGGUUUCCAUACCGUGGUCUAAAUGCUGUUCUGUGGAACCAUAAAUAUGGGAAGCAUCAAAGAAAAUGGCAGCUCAUUGUCCAACCCCAGCAACAUCCUUGUACCUAGAACCCAGCAGUGGAAGCUUAACAUUAAAUAAGAAUAGCUAUUAUAAGCACAACUUCAGCCGUCACCUGUUGCCACAUCUGGAUUGCAAAUACUGGAAACACUGGGAAGGUGUUCUGUUAACACUUGAUCUGGUUUCAUGAGCCUUUUUCAUCCUUUCCUGUGUAAUUGGAGCUCUUGGCUUUGUUUGUGCUAAAUUGUUACAAAGUUCCCACACUAAAUCUCCAAUAAAACUUUCAAAGGGAUACAAACAAAUUAGUAGAUAAACUAUAAGAAGCCAAAAACAGUAGGACUUGCAGUUGAUUGGUGUUACGCACAAAGAAAACAAAAUGUAGUAGCUCCUUGAGAAUUUGUAUCACACAGCCUACUCUCUUUUUUUUAAGUUUUAGUCUAAAUGAUAGGUGAGACUGCCUGAAACACUGGUGGAGCUCAAAUAUGCCCACUUUAUUGAGUUGUGGCUUUUAUCUCCCAAAACAGCUUUUCGGGUUUUCUUCUGCUUCCUCCUAAUUCACAAUCUCUGCAACUGCAUAGUCUGUUUCACCAAAUAUUUGGUUAUACUAAAGUCAUUAAACACUUUAUUUCAUAUAACCCUGUU